AUGUCCAGCAGGCAAAGAUUUAUCAAAGUAAAAUAUUUGGACGACUUUCUAAAAUUUGAGAACAAAGACAACAACUUCAAUGAUUUCAAGAGAAGGGUAAAGCUCGCUGCGCCAGAAAUUGAAACUGAAAUAAUAUUCCAUUAUCUUGAUAGAGAUGGCGACAAAAUUAGUGUGCGAAAUCAAGAAACUUUUGAAAUAUUUCUCGAAGAAUGCGAAUCAAUGAAAUUAGACCUUUCUUGUUUGGAAUCAAAAAACAAGCAAGAAAUUAAGAUUAAAAAUGAAUCUCCUAAAGAAAAAAGUGAUACAGCUUCUGAUGAGGCCACUAGCAUAAAAGAAAUCAAAAAAGAAAUAAGCGCUCGUCCUCCAUAUCAAGGUUUCGCUAAGACUGAAUCAAAGAUUUCCUUAGCUAGCAUCCUAUCUGAUUUUAAUGUAAAGUAUAGUAAAAAGCCAUCAAAAAAUUGACCUAUUGAAAAGAUCAUAAGAGCCCAAGAAAAAGAAACAAAUUUACCUGUAAAAGGAAUAAAAUGGUCAACGUUUGACAGUACAGCAAGCCUUGACAAAGAUCCAGAAAAAGACGAAAAUAAAAAUAAUGACACAUUUGAGUUACCUUUAAAAAGAAGUAUUGACACGCAAAGCACCCACGAGCAGAUUCUCGAUAUAGAAAACUAUGAUCCAGCUCAAGAUGAAUACUUUCUGCCUAUGAAAAAACAAAAAAUUAAUUAUCAAUCAAUUGAUGGCUUUCUUGAUAGAAAAGAGGUUUUGCCUCUGGCCAAGAAAAUUGAAAUCAAAAACUCAGCUAUAGAUCCUCUAUUUGACCUUAUUAAUGAUUUUUUUGUAUUCCCUGAACAAUCAAACCCUAUUCUUUAUGGAGAGCCAACUCCCUUUUUUACGAUAAUUUCUCAAAUAAUCAAAACCUGUGCAAAAAAAUUUGGUCUACGCAAGACAUCAAUUUUUUUUAACUUAGAAAGUGAUUUUUGUUUCUUUUUAUUUAGAGACCCUCAAGAAUUUGAUACUUCAAAAAUAGAUAGCUUUCAUGAGUAUUAUAGCAGCGAUGCCAAAGGAGAAAACUAUCAAUUUCCAAAAAUUAACCCGAAAAUCUGCUAUGGGACUGCUCAUGAUAUAAAGGCAAAAGUUAUUUCUCGAGAGCAAGCUUUAAAUUCUGUAAACACUUCAAGCGCUAAUUUGGCGGCCUGAGUUGAAAUUUUUGACGCACCAUUGAAUAGAGCACCAUUGCAUGAUUCUUUUCCAAAUCUUUUUAGGUUUAAAAUAGUUUCGGAUUACUUGGAUGGAAAAUUUUGCAUAGAAGACUUAGAAGAGCUAUUUAAUGUCACUAAAAAGCAUAUUCAAAGGUGGGCUCAUUUCUUUUCAGAUGGAAAAAACGUGCCUAAGGAAUUGCUUGAAAAAGAAGAUAAAAGAACAAAGAAAUUUGGUUAUAUACCAAAGCCAAAGAGAGAAAGAGUCCUCGACUUGAGGGAGUUGAUGAAUAGAGGACCGAAAAUAACAAAAGAAAAGAAGAGUAAGGAAAGAAUUACAGACCAGAUUGUAGCUGCUUACAACUUGAUAAGUAGUCAAAAGCUUUAA